GGCUGUGCCCAAGGCCAUCUAGUCCAGGUGCUUUCCUGGGCGCACGCUGCGACAUCCCCCGAUGUCCCGCUGGCUGCAGGUAGCCUCCAGGCUCCAAAUGAAACCCAGGCCCCCGGAGGUUCGCUCCUCACACAGAUGUGGGCACCAGACUCGGGUCCUGAGUCCCCAAGUCCUGACAGACACAAGCAGGAGGCCGCAAGGGUGUGUCCCCAGGACCGUGGGCGGAGGUCGAAGGAGGCAGGGCCGGCCCGCCUGGGAGGCCAGAAGGGCUUUUGGACCAGGACGAGGGGGUCCGUACACAGUAGCCGAGGCCCAGGUGACGUGGGGAGGGUUGUGGGCGGAGAAGGACAGGCCUGGAGGAGCGGGCUCUCCCGGGGCAGGACCUGUACCCCCCCAUACUGUGCAGGGGACAGAAGACCAGGCCGAUGCAUACAGUAGGUGCUUGCUCUGUGCUCAUCCAGAGCCUGAGUGGUCACCAGGAUGACCUUACAGCCCAGGCACUCACUGCAGGGGUGAGAACAUGCCCCGGGCCAGAGGGGAGGGCGCCCCUCCCGUGUGCACUCACGCCCUCCUGUAGCCCCAGCAUCACCAGCAAGGUGGGGUUCAUCAUCUCCAUUCUGUCCAACUAAAAACGGAGGCUGGGGGCUGCGAAUAGCCCAGCUCUGGCCUCACCUGUGGCCCUGGGGGGUUGUUGGGAUGAUGGAGCCCCUUCAGGACGCUGGGCUGGGGGCACCAAAGGUUUAUGGGGGGACGGUGACUUGGUGAGUGGGCUCUUUCUGAACUGACCCAGUACUGCUCUCCUUGAGGUCUGCCCAGACUUGGCCCCGAAUGGGGAGAGGUCUGGGCACGGGAGGCUCCCUCCGUCUCUAGUCCCUUCCCCUGCACUGAGCCCCUAGUGUCUCCCUCACGCCCGGUGAGGGCAGGAGCCACGCGCCUCUGCUCGGCUCCCAGUGGUGGCCUGCUCUCUGGAGGGACGUGGCCCUGCCCUCCCCGGCACCCCGGCUGCCUGUGGGUGCACAGGCUGCCGUGUUCUCCCGAAGCUGACACAGACGGGGAUUCACGGAAAAGUGAGGCCUGGGGUCACGGGCCUGACACCCCACGGCACAGCCACGCUGAGGAGCCGGAUCUGCCUGCUCCGGGGCUGACCCGAGUCUGGUGCCCACGGCCGAGGAGAAGCAGGAAUUUGUUCUGACGCUAAAUGUCCAGCCAGCCUUGAAUUACUUGGAAGUUGAGGCUUAAAAAAUACCUCGCGUCUGAUCUUUUGGUCCCAGUGAAAGUACAAAACGCGGAAUGACGGGCUUCAUUCGGUGCCUCCUACUGGUGCUGAGCAGCAGCGCGCUGGCCGGGAAUGGUUAACCUUGAGACGCGAGGAGAGAAGGAAGCAGCAAACGCUUUGCUGCUCUUUGAGAGAGCCGGGAGAGCCCUGCUCUUCGAGCUCCACCGGACAAAGCGACGUGCGGUUCAGUUCCCGUUCUGGUACCAGGCCCUGAGCUGGACGCCCCUCCCCCCAGUGCCAUCGCUGGGUGGUUGUCUCGGUGCCACUUCCCCGGGGGGGAGGGGACAGAGGCUCAGGGAGGUCAAGGGGCCAGCCCCAGACCACAGGGCCGCCCAGCAGCAGAGCAGGGGCCUGGCCCCAACCUGCUGAGAAGCACGUCUGUCUGGGUUCCAGGAGCGUGUGGCCUCCCUGAAGCGUCGGGGUCCCCCUGAGCUGUCGGGCUGCUGGAUCCUAAGAGGCAGCCUCCCCGGGGGGCGGGCAGGGGGCCGGGGCCGGGGCCUCCAGCUCAGGCCCUCACCGGAGUGGUGCCCAGGGUGGGCUGGGGGUUGUCGAAAGAGACUUUCCGAUAGGGUGCAACCCAAAGUGCCAUUUUCCCCCAGGUCUGGGCUUGGCUGGACGCUUGGCCUCGGACCCCCCCUGGUUGGAGGCCUUAUUCCCCAGAUACUACGGUGCUGGAAGGCCAGCUGGCCGGCUCUGGUGGGAAAAGAGAGGCUUCCACUCUUCAGCAGCCCGAUUGCUGUCCCUGCUCCGGCGUGCUUGGGUCCAAGCUUCUCUUCUCCAGCACCGCCGACGCUCACCCAGCCUGGCGGCCUUGGAGAAUCGGGGACGCCACAACACCCUGUCACCUUGAGGAAGAGAAGGCAAGCAUCUCAGAAGUGGGGCUUCCAGGGUCCCCCAAGUACAGAGGAGUCUGGUCCUUCUCAGCAGCUGUGUGACCCGGGCUCCGUAAGUGGAGACGUCCGUGGGUUUCCGCUCCCCAGUGCCGUAGGCACAGGAUGCCUGUCUUUGGCUGUGUGAGCGUGGGGAAGUGCCUUAGCCUCUCUGUGCUGGUCCCUUCUCGGCAGAUCAGGCCGUAACGGGGACUGACUGAGGCCCUCAGCGGGACGGACGCAGGUCUGUGCCUGGCAUGUCGCGCGUGCUGGGGGUUUGCGUUGGCCGCGUGUCCGAUGGGGAGCACGUGCCCGGGAAGGGGGACGCGUUUGCAGCAGUAUUGGGCAAAUGGGGGUCGGACCUGGGCUGUGAGGCUGUCUCAUCCCCGUGGGGCAGCUCCCACGGAGAAUCUGCUCCCGGGAGCGGUCGUCAGUGAGGACACCGCUUUGUUCACACCCGGCGUGCGUAAUCAGGACAGCCGUGGUUACGCAGGUGAUGGGGACCGUGGCACCUGCCCUCCAUGCCGUGCCGUGGCCUAUGGUAGCAGCCGCCCUGUAGGAAAGGUGUGGGGCUGCCUUCCCAAUCCCACUGUCUUGUUCCUUUCUAAAAAAAAAAAAUGUUUAUUUAAUUUUUGAGAGAGAGAGUGUGAGUGGGCGAGGGGCAGAGAGCGAGGGAGACCCAGAAUCUGAAGGCGCUCCAGGCUCUGAGCUGUCGGCACAGAGCCCGACGCGGGGGCUCGAACCCCCAAGUCACGAGAUCGCGACCUGAGCUGAAGUCGGACAUUUAACUAACUGAGCCCCCAAGGCGCCCUUCACUGUCUUAUUUCUUGACACAGGCCCUGCCCCUGCCUCUGGAUCAGCCUGUCCCCGUCAGAGCACAAGGCCCCAGCUGUGUGAGUGAGGACCGUCUCCCCGGACCCUUGGCCUCAGUCUGCCCAUCUGUAAAGUGGGCCCAGGCUUUCCCUCUGCACAGGCAGGGAGGGGUGGCCUGUGCCUGGGCCCAGGGACCCCGGAGCAGUCCUGUGUGUAUCUGCCUUCCAUCUGGGGUUCUGAGCGAGACGUGGUAAAGGUGCGGAGACCACGGGCAGCACAGAGUCGGAAAGACGUGGGCCCUUGGGGUAUACCCACCGCCCAUCGGGCGGUGUGGCAGAGGGGGCUUCCUGUCCAGCGGGUGUUUGAUGGGGCAGCGCCUCUCGCCCACGGGACGUGGGCAGGGGCUCCCCAGAGGGGACACGAACAGGAGGUGGGCUGUCACCGGGCGGAGGCAGAACAGGAGCCUCGAGGUUUGGGACGUGGCUCGGGGUCCUGUCGGGCAGAGCCCUGGGUGCUGUGGGAGGUCGGGGAGGGGCUGGGGCUGGUCUCCCCGGUGUCCCCGCCCCCGGCGCUGCCCUGGCACGGCCGGUCCUGCCAGCUGUCCCUGCGCCUGGCAGCAAUGGGAAGGAAGAAGCCGGCAGCCUGGACCCCGGGGUGGGAUGUGCUGGGAUGUCCCCGGAAUGCGGGCCAGCCCCUCCGGCCAUCUGGUCAGAGGCCACCCCGCCACCAGGCAAAUGAAGACCACCCUUCGAGGGUCUGGGGCAAAGGAGGAUUUUCCUGUGGAAGGAGGCCAUGAGCCUACACUCUCGCCUGCCUCCCCGCAUCGCCGCCCCGGGCCGGGCCAUCUCCUCCGUAAGGCGGGAGAGCGUCAGUGCCACCGCCCUGGGCAAGAGCUUCUCCCCAGACCACCCGGAGCCCCUCGAGAGGGUAAGCUCAGGGUGGUGGGAGCUUGGGCAGGAGGAAGCUUUCAGAGAAGGCACUGCUUGCCCCCCCCCAACUUUUUCUGGCCAGGUCCCCCUGGGCCUCCACGCAGGACAGGCGGCCGCACUUCCGGAGUGGACAUUACCCCUCCCUGCCACUGCGGGCCCGUCCCUGCCCCGGGCUCUUGGCUGCCUUUGUCUUUCUGGGGCUCCACAAAAUGGCCGCCGCAGCCCUCCGCCAUUUUGUGUCUGAGGCAGGCGGGCGGGUGGCCGGCGGGGGAGGAGGGAGGGAGACCACCGCCUGCCCGCCUGCCCCGAGUGGCCUGGACGGAGCCCAGCAGCAGCCCCCGCCCCAGCCCGGCCUUGGCCGCGGCUGCCCUGGGCUUGGCACCAGCCAGAGUCUUGGCAAGGCCGUCCGGGAACCCCGGCCCUUCACCCAGCCCGCCGGCCCCCUCGCCACCCCCCAGCCUCCCCUGACGAGCAGACGGAGAUGCUGUAGACCAGAGCCCAGAAGAGCUGUAAUUAAAGCCAUGCUCCUGGAGGGAGUCCUGGCAGCCACGGGGCCGGCACGGACAGUUCUAGAAAUGACGCUCGCCCGAGUGGGUGGGGAUGGGCUCCCCGGACCCGCCGUGACCAGGGCCCCAUCUAUUUCAGGCCACACUGGGGAGACCAGCAGCCCCCUCAGUCCUGCACCAGCCGCCCUGCCCCCUUACCUGCCUGAGGAGCCUCCGGGCUCCCUGGCUGGGCCUCGUACUGGGCCCGGGGCUUGUGGAGGUCGGUCAGGUUUCCGGUCUGGACGCAGCUACUGCCCGUCCUCAGGAAGCAGGGACGAGGGGCUUCCUGGAGGAGGUGAGCUCUGCAGCCGGGCUUCCCGUGGGGCUGGGGCCAGCCGAGAAUCUUCGGUGCACCAGGCUGGGGAUGAGCCCGUUCCAGCCCAGCCCGCUGCCCUAUGCAGUCCUCUCCUCCAUGGGACCCACAUACCCAGAACCUCGGCUUCCCUGAAGGGCGUUUUCCGGAGCUGGGAGCAACCAGGCGUCUCCCUCCUCGUCAGAGAGCCUCCGGCCUCCUCCUGUGCCUCCUGCUCUCGUUCUGUGCACAGCGUUCGCAAGCUUGCCCCUCUGACAGCACCCAGUGGGUCGGAGGGAGUGCCCUACAGAGGGGAGUCGGUCGGGCAGGAAGUGGGCACACGGCAUCCGGGCAGCCUUGGCUGCGGGGCCUGGGAGCAAUAUCAGGGAGGCGCGGUUGUCCCUGGGCCCGUUCACUGGAGGGACAGGGACUCCACCGGCCUCGGCAGGUGGAAGGGAGCCGCCGGCCUGCCGGGCGUCGAUGCCCACCCGUGGUACCCAGCCGUGAGGCCGUCAGAGGGCAGUGGACCUCCUAGAGGAGGUUCGUAGAAACGUCCUCGUAGAAGAGGGAAUGGCGCUUGAGGAGAGCAGGCACCUUUUAAAGGGGCUGGUGCAGAUUCCCAGGCAGCAUGCGGGGUAACGCCGGCGCCGUGGGGGCAAGCCCCGGCCUGUGUUCCCUGCAUCGCCGAGGGUCAGUUCCGCGCCGUCGAGGGGUAGAAAGCAGGCGUGCAGCAGGGCAGGGCCCCGGAGCUGCGAGACGGCUUCCCCAGACACCUGUGGCCCAGCCAAGCCCUUCAGGCGGGGAAGGCCGCUGGACGCUGCCCCAGGCCCUUCCCAGACGCUCUCUCCUUGCGGUUCCCAGAGAGAACAUUCCAUCACCAUGAAGUGAGGUUUACUCACGCCCCGGCUCCCUCUGGGGAAGGCCUGCCGGACGGGAUGGUGGCCACACGCCAGGCCAGGCGCAGAGCCUCCUGGAGGAGCCGGGAGCCCCGCAGCGGAACGACCGACCGUCUCGGAGGGGGCGGCCGCCAGGUGUGGUUGCUGUGGGGCGGGGUUUCGUGCUGGGUGUUUUUAAUGGUACGGGCGCGUCCGGUCCCCUCCCUUACCCCUCCUCCUCGCCUUGUGACCCAGACUGUGGCCUGAACUGAGAACAUUUCAAGUCCGCGUGCGCCUUUGAGGCUGACGCUGUUGCCUCUGACACCCGACGGAGACACGCUCGGGAUCAGAGAGGGCUCUGCGUUCGUGCUUUCCCCUUUGGAGUUUGAGCGAACCCUGGACAGAACAGCCUCCCCGGCCGACGCCUUCUCCCCGGGCACAGAGGCAACUUGCCCUUCCUUCUGACAGCCGCCGGCAUCCGGGUCCCACUCUACAGGGCGGGCGGCUGAGGCCGGAGGUACCAACUUGCCCACGGCUCGCCGCCAGAGCAGGGGGCCCGGACCGUGACCCGGUGGACCUCCGAGCCAGCUGUCCCCUCCUCCCACCUGCCCACGGCCCCCGUGGAUGCAAGUGUGUCUGCAGAGCUGGCCAGCCUCCCCGGGCAGUGCCAGCCCCAGCCCCCCGGCUUCCCAAGUGGUCCUUUCUGGGACCUCCAAACUCGGGCAAAUGUGGCAGUGACAGUUCAGCCUCCUCUGUAUGCCUGGCCCUCCUCUAGGCUCAGGACAUCACGGCAGGCCCGGCCCCUGCCCUGGGGAGCACUUACUUCCCCAGUCCUGGCCACCUUCACCACGCCAGCUCGGAGGCCUCUGGGGACAGGAAGGCAAGGAGCUGGAGCGGGACAGUCUUCUGAGGCGACAGCCGUGGGGGAAGCUGGACAGGGAAGGUGCCAACCAGAGAACGCUUUGGGGCCCUGAGACAGAAGGAGGGCUGGGGCCGGGGCUCCGUCUGGAGGCGUCACCCACCUGUGUGGCCUUUGCGGCCCAGAGGGAAGCGGGGCCGUGGAAAGAGCCUGGGGCCAGAGAAAUCUGGUUUUGCUGGCCCACCCCCCCAGACAGGCUUUUGGGGGCCGUGAGCCCACCGGGCCUCGUACUCCCUGAGCGGAGGAGUCCGUCUUUAGGUUGGAGGUUUUUCCGUCAUGGGUAUUUACGCGUCCAUUUUAAGAAUCUCACUUCAAAAUAAUUUGUCCUCAUCGCUGAGUUUCGGCGCCCCAUAAAUUGUGUGCCGGAGGUGAGGGUCUGGCUGGCUCCCCGCUUCCUGGCCACACCAGGCCCACAGUGGGCACACGGCCCCUGCCCGCGUCGGUCAGACUGCCUGGUACGCAUGUCUCCUGAACUUUAUGGGCCGUGUUUGCAGGGACAGACCCACGCCCCCCGCCCCCCCCCCCCACCACUGCCCGGGCCCCCGGAUGCCACCCCCACAGCUUUGUCCCAGACCCCAUUGUUGGCACGGCUUGCCGAGCAGAAACACUGGCCGCUUUAUGGGGAGAAACCUAAUCGGGGCGGCAGUGGCGGGGGGCAGCCACGGGGGGGCUCCCGGCUCUCAGUGGCCCCGAGCCAAGCCCAAGGUGACUGCGGGGUGACACCGUCUGUCUGCCUCCCUUGCUCCAGACAUCCGCCCAGCCCUGAAAGGGCCACCUGCCCGCCGAGGCCUCCCACACACCUGUCCCUGGCCGGCCCGGCCCCUCCCACUGGGGCCCGCCCAGCACCCUGCCCACAAACGGACACCGAGGGGGACUGGGACGGGGCCGCUGCCCACCGCUCUCCCCCGCAGCCCUGCUCGGGGAGCCCCGUUCACAGUGUGCUCCUGCCCCUGCCGCCAGCCCUCCUCCAGGCUGACGGGAAGGGUCUCUUUGGUCUGUCUCGGGAUUCCUCCCCAGGCCGAGGGCACUGGUGAUUCGUGGGACUUGUCGGGCAGGUGGACCCGGCCAAUCUUCCCCUCCAGCUCAGACUCUUCGAGUUGGGGCCUUUUCCCCGCUAGCUCAGAAAUGUCUCCGCACAUGGGUCACCGACCCAGCAAUGUAAACCCUGCCCCUGAUCCAAAAAACCCUCUCUCCGGAGCUCUUGGCUAAAGAAAGCCGCAUUUUGGGUGAGCUCUGUUUUGGUAAGGGCAGAGCCAGAGUGGGGACCCUGCCGGGGGUCAUGAUACCUGCUUCCUGGUCACCUAGAGAAAUUUGAAGCAGGCUGUUGAGUAUGCAGGAAACACGCCCCAGGCCCCUGGGGAGAGUGGAUUCCCGCCUCCUCCGUGGGCACCGCUCCCACCCACAGCACCACCUGCCGCAGGGCCGGGUCUUGCAGACGUGAGCACAGCUGGUCCCAGAGCUGGGAUUCCCCUUGGGGGCCUCCCGAGGCUUCCGGGUGGGCAGUGAGAGAGGCCCAUGGUACGGGAGACGGGCCCUCGUGGGCAAGGAGCUGGGACAACCAUGGCUGUCGUCCCCGGCAGAGAACAAGCAAGGACAGAGACAGAUGGGCCGGGCGGCUCAGAGGAGGCCUGCCCUGGGCAUUUUUCUUUUCUUUGGAGGACGCGUCGUGCUGGCUUCCCCGCCCCCACCCCCCCUUUACGCCAGUCCCGAACGGUCGCCUGGCCAGAAUGGGCCAGAACCAGAGGGGACUGUGAUCCUUCGAGCAAGCCCUGGCUGAGGCCUCAGGCCGGGUCCUGGGAGCCCUUUCCUCCGGGUUCUGCUCUUGGGAGGACCCCAGGCCUUGCUUGCCACAGGGCAGGAGCCCCCGCCCGCCUAGAGCUCUGGAAAGCGGGGACCUCCGCUCCUCCCUCUUGGGUCCUCCCAACUCCAGGCCCCAGAACAUCCGUGCCCGAUUGGCGUGGGAACAUCGGUGGUCUUGACCAUUCAGGGACAAGCCCGGGUCUCGGUCCUCUCUGACCCAGAGUCGUCCAGCUCACGGCGGCCACGGAGGCCGUUGUCUCCAGGCCCUUGCGGGGGGCGUGUCCCUGGCACUGGAGUGCGGGAUGUGAGGGUUGGUGGGGUGUGCCCAGGCAGGAGGCACAGAGCGGCCGCGGGCGUGUUUCUCCCACACCUGAUCUUGUUACUUUUUCUCUAAAUCCCCAACAGGUCGAGAAGCGGUGUCCGGAAGGGGGCUUCUGUCCACGGUCGGCCUUCCUUGCGGUCCUGCCGUCAGCCACGAGGGUCCUUGGACGGAGAUCUAAUGGUCCCACUGCCAAACCUUUGCCCAAGCCACCCGAAGCCACGCCUCCUUUUCCUGCCACUCUCCGGCACACUCCCCCAGGCGACGCGCUUCGUCCACCCACCACGCGCUUGUGACACUGUAACCUUUGACGGUUACCGGAUGUGGCCCGGAGGAGCCCUGGUCUGUGAGAGCGGAUGCAAGCGGGGUGCUCGGCUCUGUCUCUCAGGUGCACCUGCUACCCUCGGGCUCACCUUGCCUGGAGGGCCUCUGGGGCCAGGAAUCCUUGAGGGAGCCCCUUGGCUCUGCCCAGCCGUGAACCAGCCCUCGACUGCAAUCCUGAUGUGCCUCGGCCGCCCACCACCGGCCCAAGAGGCCACUCGGUAAGUCCAGCCUGGAAACAGAACAAAGGGCGAACGAAGGAAGCCAAGCGACCUGCUUCUCAGGCUGGGCUGGAGGGCGGGGAUGAAGCGGGGGUACGUGUGGCGACUGCCAGGGUGGACCAGGAUGAGGGUCUCUUCCCGUCUCCCUGUCUGUCCCCACCCCGCAGGGCCCGGCCCGCAGCCUUAGCACAUGGGUGUCUCAGCGGCCGACCCUGGAGCCCAGAGCCCGUGCUCGGGGUCCCUCCCCCUGGGGCGUUCGGGGGAGUCCUGGGCUGGGAGCCUCGGCCACUUUUCUCCUCAGCAGUGAGGCCAACAGCAGUCAGUCUCCCCACAGCGCAGUUGGGCGGGCGCCCAGGGUGCUUAGGGGCCGGGCAUGAGACCUCCGUCAGCAGCAGGGGGCAAAAAGCCAAGCCCAGCAGAGCCCAAGAGCAAGCCCCCCGCCCCCACCACACACAUGGGGCCGAGGCCCCCACCGGUCUGAGCCUCCGUUUCCUCACUGCAGAAAGGGAUCAGUAAUCCUAGCUUCCCCAGGCCCGUGAGGGCCAAAUGGCACGGCCCAGCCUGGGGCCUGCCUGGAGGAGGCAGCCUGCUAGGAGGGGUGUGGAAGGAAGCUCAGAGCCCUUAUACCGCUGGGCGGAAAGCAGAAUGUCGUAACCUCCCCUCUGCUGCCUGUCAGCUGUGUGACCCCGGGAAGGUGAGGUUACCUCUCUGGGCCCCAGUCUGCUCACCUACAAGAUGGGCUGACAGUAGUCCUUGCCUCACCAGCUUUUCCUCGGGGGGCCCCGGCAAGGUGGCGGCCAUGGUGGACAUUUAUCCAGGCUGCCCGUGCCUCCGGGCACUGAAUGCCGAGCCCUCCAGGGCCUACGGUUGUGCCCCGGCUGCCUUUCCCAGGGGAGCCAGGUCCCUUUGGAAAGAAAGAACAGCGUCCUGGGAUGUCUCCCGAAGUGGGGACAGCUCAGGUCACUUGGAACAGCGGGACCGGACUGACCAGAGUCUAUGGGGAAGGCCGCCCCUCCCCCCGCUGCCGCCCAGCGGGUGGAGGGAGCAGGCCCUGAGGCCACCCGCGCGUCUCGGGCGGCCAGAGAGGGGAGGCUGUGCUGUCAGAGGGCGGGCGGCCAGGAGGACACGGCACCUUUUUGCCACAUGUUGGCUCCUAAGUGACAGCCUUCCAGUGUCACCCUUGCAGCAGAUGUCCCUUGGCCACACGGUGGCCGCUCCGUCCGGAUGGGAGUGAUCAGUCACCUGUAGCGCUUGCCCAAGGCCACACUGCAAUGCUUGUCCCCUCCCUCCGUCUCCUCGCCUCCUUCCUCUGGUUGGUGGCUUUCUCCUGCGGGACCCCCUCUGCGCGGCGGCUCUGGGGAGUACGCCUGCUGGCCUGCCUGCCGGAGUCCCUGAGCCCUCGGCGCCCGCUGGCCUGGCCCCCCCCCCUCCCCCACAGCCCUCCCGCCCCCUCCAGGAGGUGCCUCUGAAGCCGCGAAGCCCGUCCCUGCGUCACGACCGACGGUCCUUUGGGGUGAGGUAGUAGGUUGUAUAGUUUGGGGCUCUGCCCUGCUCUGGGUAACUAUACAAUCUACUGUCUUUCCUGAAGUGGCUGUAAUCUCGCCGAUGGACAGCACCCGGGACCCUGGCUGGGCGGAGAUCUGGGUGCAGGUUGGGGAUGGGUAGCGGCCGUGGUAGGGUGGGGGCGGUGGCCGCCGGGCAGGAAGUCGGGCGGGCCGAGGUUCCACUUGCCGUGUGACCUUGGGCAGGUCGCCUUUGACCUCUGGGCUUCACUUCCCCCAUCUGUGAAAUGGGGACCAAUGAGGAUUGAAGAUGAUACCGUGUGAAGUGUCCAGAGCGGGACGGGGCUCAAAGCCGACCCCCUCCCCCUCCCUACACUGCACUGAGAGCCGCCCCCGUGGCCGGCCGUGGGCACCAGUGGGGCGCAGCCGUGGACCCAGAAGGACGAGGGGCAGCUGAGACUUGGCUGGGGUUGCAGGGCUGGCCCCCAGGGACUCCCACGGGCGACCUUAGCGCACCCUCCCCUGCCAUGUCCUUCCCAGCCUGCCCGGCUCAGCGUCUGGGCUCUGGUCAGUGGUGGGACGUCCCCCAGAGAGGGAGGCCGAGGCCGCCCCAUUCCUCCUCACUCGCCAUUCCAGGCAGGAAAGUGGGAGGAAGGCUCCCCGGAGUCUGGCCCCUUGGGGACACACGCUCCCUACCCACCCCCCCCCCCCCGCCCCCGACAGCUCGUAGGUGGAUGGCGUGGGCCUCACUGUGUGUGGGGAAGCCCACGGGCCAUUUGCGUCGUCACUCCUGCCCUGCACCUGCCCAGGCUUCCAGCUCGGCUCCGGUGGCCGCAGACCACCGGGCAGGGGCCGGGGCUGGGUGCGGGGCAGUGGCGGGACAUCGGAGCCUCCCGCUCCCCGGGCACCGGCGGGGUGAGGUAGUAGGUUGUGUGGUUUCAGGGCAGUGAUGUUGCCCCCUCGGAAGAUAACUAUACAACCUACUGCCUUCCCCGAGGAGCCCAGCGACACGUGCCCGCGGGAGGGCCACCCCCACGGCCGGCAGGCGACUCCGGGGCCCCGAGCGACGGGCCGGGCGGGUGGGAGGCUGCAGCGUGCACUGCUCGACUUCAAUAAAGGCUGUUCUGAUGUGA